GUUGGGGCGAGACCCAGUUCCCGCAGUUUCGGUUCUACUUUGCAGGCGUUUCUGUCGCCGCGGUCGCCCUAGGUGAAAAAUACCCCUGAACAAUGGGUGCGACAUUCUCCCAGCUGGCCUCUCAGGAGGAUGAGAACAAAUUGAUCCUGCCCCCCGAACCAGCCUUUGGCAGCAAGGCUGCCAGCUACUCCAGCACUGGCAACAGCAAGCCUUUCUGUUCCUGUGUGCCAUGUGACAGGGCUGCUGGUACUGGCUUUAUAACUUGUCCCACCUGCCAGGGCAGUGGGGAGAUUCCUCGAGAGCUAGAGAAGCAGCUGGUGGCCCUUAUUCCCUAUGGGGACCAGAGGCUGAAGCCCAGGCACACGAAACUCUCCGUGUUCCUGGCAGUGUCCAUCUGCCUGGUGACCUCCUCCCUCAUCGUCUUUUUCCUGUUUCCCCGGACAAUCGCCGUGCAGCCUGUGGGCCUCAGCUCCUCCACGGUGGCCACUGAUGAGGCCAAUGUCUACCUCAACAUAACGAGUAUCUUGAAUAUCUCCAAUAACAAUUACUGCCCUAUCACUGUGACCCAGCUGACCAUCGAGGUUCUGCACCUGUCCCUCGUGGUGGGACAGGUCUCCCACAGCCUCCUCCUCCACAUCGGCUCUUUGGCCAGUGAACAGAUAUUUUAUGCAGUGGCCAACAGGAUAUGGGAUGAAAACACAUACAAAAUCUGUACCUGGCUGGAAAUCAAAGUCCACCACGUGCUUUUGCACAUCCAGGGCACCCUGACCUAUUCCUACCUGAGCCGUUCCGAGCAGCUGGUCUUCCAGAGCUAUGAAUAUGUGGACUGCCGGGGAAACACGUCUGUGCCCCACUUGCUGUUUUCUCACCCGCCGUGACCUGUCUGCUGCCCUCAACUCCAGUCGCCUGCCGGCCUGGUCUGUACCUCCCACAACUCCGUGGUGCCCAGUAGGACAAUAGUGACUUUGCCAAAGGAAAAACCCUGCUUUACAAUACCCUCCCCACCCCAUGCACCCCCAGCAGAGGAAGCUUCCUGUGGAAGUUAACUUCAUAUACACUCAUACAUCCCUACACACUGUCUCUCUCUCAUACAUACACCCAUACACACAGUCUCUCUCUCUCUCACACACACACAAAUACACACACACACACACACCCUCUCUGAUUUCCACAGGAUCAGAAGCCUGAUUCUUCUAGAGGCCAGCACCAGAGGCCUCUGGUUUUGUCUUGAGCAAAGUCUGACCCAACGUUUCCUCAGAGCUGCCUCAGAGGCGUGGAGCAGCACCCACCUUCCUAUGCUGAGCACCUUGGUUGCCUGGUUCCUCCAGGGAAGGCCUUCUUCCUGCCUGAAUGCAGAGAAAACUUUCAUUUUAUCUGGUUUGACUCCAUGGAUCCUUUUCCAGUUCUCCACCCAGUGAUGGGAAUGACUUAGGGAUCAGCCCAUGCUGUCACCAGGGCCUUUUGCUUUGGUCAUGUGACAGAUCGUUGGUGAUGGCCUGCUUCUCUCCUGGUAACUUGUUGCCCACCCUUUGGCCAAGGCCCUUUGGCUCUGCCUCCUUCCUGGUUAUAGAUG